GAAUUUUUGAGAGCUGAUCAUUCACAAUGUUGCGAGAAGUCGUGUACAGUGUUGCGGGUUUCGUCCUGCUUGCCUACGCGGCAGAAUGGAUUUUCUCGCUAUUUGACGAUCCAAGGGAGCCCAAGAGACUUCAGUCGAAAAUACCGCUCUUUGGUCACCUAUGGGGUAUGAUGAAGUAUAGUUCUGGCUAUCACGGAAUGACAAGCAAACAAACAAACGAGGAAAUGUAUACAGUCGCCAUCUUCAACACAAAGCUCUACAUCGCCAAAACAUCCCGUCUCAUCCCCCUCAUCCAAAAGACAUCCAAGACCCUCUCCUUCCGACCCUUUAUGCAAACAGCCGCUAAACUCAUGGGCGAUGCCAAACCUGAGACUUAUGAAGUUUUUGGUACAGAAUGGGUUGAUUCGUUUAGUCAUGCCCACAAGAACGGUCUCGCUACGGGGCCGUUUCUCGAUGAGCAGAAUCUUCGUAUGGGAGAUCGCGCGUUGAUCGAUAUUGAACAACUUCUUCCGAAAGAGACAGAUGGUGUUUCGAAGGUUAACUUGCUGGAGUGGGCGCAGUAUGCUGUUGUUCAGGCUAGUGCUUGUGGGAUCUUUGGUGUAGAGCAUCCUUUUCUUGAUCCAAGGGUUGACCAAGCUUUUUGGAAAUGGCAAUCGUAUCUCCCUCUCCACAUGGUGAACCUCGACAUCACCGGAAAAGGCUACGCUGCUCGUGAGAUUGUCUUUGACGCUUUCCGCAAGUAUAACAAGAAUCUUCCCAGCGAUGUAUCCUUCAUAUACAAGGAACGUCUCCGAUCAAUGCAAGAAGCAGGCAUUGAUGAAGAUGAUCUCUGCAAGCAACAAGCUACUUUCGGGACUGCUGCUUUUGCAAAUACUGUUCCAAUUAUGUACUGGACCAUUUACGAACUUUUCUCUCGGCCUGAUCUUCUUGAGGAAGUGCGCAAGGAAGUUAUUGAGCAAGCUGUCAGCGGAGAUAAAGACACUGGGUUCAAAGUAGAUGUCGCUGCUUUGAAGACGAAGUGCCCUUUAGCGCUAUCGGUAUUCCAAGAAACUCAGCGCUUGCGACACGUACACGCCAACAUCCGCAAAGUCACAGAAGACACCCUCCUCGACGGAAAAUAUCUUCUCAAAGCAGGCCACUACGUAAUGAUGCCCGGCCAGCCCGUUCACACGAAUACUUCAACAUGGGGACCCACCGCCGACCAAUUCGAUCCCUAUCGCUUCCUCAAGGAUUCUUCAGACCGAAAAGCUAGCAGUUUUGUCGCCUGGGGUGCACCGCCUCAUCUUUGCCCAGCACGUCAAUUUGCGACGACCGAGAUUCUUAUCGUUAUCGCGCUUUUGGCUAUAAGGUGUGAGAUUGUUCCUGUGACAGGGAAGUGGGUGAAGAAUCCAGCGCUGAAUACGGGGGAUAUGGCGACUGUUUAUACGCCGAAGAAGAGUGUUGAUAUUGAGGUUAGGAAGAGGGAGGAUUGGGAUGGGGAGUGGAGUUUGAAGAUGGGGGAGAGCAAGACGAGAAUAUCUCUUGCUUCUGGUUAAAAGUGUGCUUAUUGCCUAGAUUCAAUUAUAGACUUCAAAUAGAAAUGGUCAAGUUUUGAGAUGCUCAGUGCACCGUCAGAACCAAUGCCGAGAAGUUUCGCGUGCAACAAUGGUACCGUCAAUUCCGACAUUAAUGACGCAAAUCAAUCGCACAGAAUAAGUAACAAUUUUCGCAGUUACUCACAUC